AUGGUUCUAAAUGACAUACUAAGAUUUCUGAAAAAUCAAACAGCCAUGACAGAUUUCAUCCUCCUGGGUCUGACCAAUAAUCCAGAUGUACAGGUCAUGAUUUUCUUCUUUUUAUUACUCAUGUAUGUACUGAGUGUCACUGGAAAUCUUACUAUCAUCAUUCUUACUUUGCUGGAUUCCCACCUGAAGACCGCUAUGUAUUGUUUCCUCAGAAAUCUCUCCUUAGAAAUUUCAUUUACUUCUGUCUGUAAUCCUAGGUUUUUGAUCAGCAUCCUAAGUGGAGGCAAAUCUAUUUAUAAUGCUUGUGCAGCUCAGCUAUUCUUAAUCUUCCUUGGUUCAACAGAGUUUUUUCUUUUGGUCUCUAUGUCCUAUGGUCAUUAUGUAGCUAUCUGCAAACUCCUACAUUAUACAAUCAUUAUCAAGAUCUGCUACCAGCUUGUCGGCAGCUCCUGGCUGGCUGGUUUCUUGGUCAUCUUUCCACCACUGACCAUGGGCCUGCAGCUGGAUUUCUGUGACUCCAUUGUCAUUGGCUACUUCACCUGUGAUUCUGCUCCUUUGCUGCAAAUUUCUUGCACAGACAUGAGUAUGCUAGAGCUCAUGAGCUUUGUUUUAGCUGUGCUUACUCUCAUGUCCACUUUGACAUUAAUAAUUCUCUCUUAUUCUUACAUCCUCAGAACAAUUUUGAGAAUCCCCUCAGUUCGACAAAGAAAAAAGGCCUUUUCAACCUGUUCCUCCCAUAUGAUUGUUGUCUCUAUCUCUUACAGAAGCUGCAUCUUCAUGUAUGUGAAAACGUCAGCAAAGGAAGGGGUUGCUUUUACAAAAGGAGUAGCAAUGCUCAAUACCUCUCUUGCUCCUAUGCUGAAUCCCUUUAUUUACACCUUAAGGAACCAGCAGGUGAAACAAGCAUUUAAGGAUGUUGUAAGAAGUCUACUGUUCAGUCUC